AAUCUUUGAACUCUGCCAAAUAUCAUCAAGCCCGCAACAUGGCUCCACCCUUCGCCAAGCUUGCCCUCGGCAGCGUGCUGCUCCUGCAGGUCGCCUUCGUGAUGGGCAACUCGCGCUGCCUGGAUGACAACUGCGAAUCCUGCAACGCCCGCAAGGGCACCCCCUGCUACAAGUGCCAGGAGGGCUACGUGCUGAAGGAAGAUUUGGGCAACUCGUACUGUGCAUGCGAGGAUCCGGCCUGCAACCUGUGCACUACCAACGGCACGUGCACCCAGUGCUUUGUGGGCUAUGGCCUGGACGAGGAGCAGUCGUGCCAGCCCUGCUCCGACAGCAACUGCUCCUGGUGCGGUGCCGACUACCAGACCUGCACCGAGUGCGCCAUGGGCUUCUCCCUUGUGGACGACAAGUGCGAGGCCUGCCCUGAGGGCUGCACCGCCUGCAACGGCACCCAGUGCACCGAGUGCGGCUACGGCUACAGCCUGCAGGAGGGCGAGUGUGUGGCCUGCGAGGACAAGAACUGCCGUACCUGCGCCGACCCCACGACCUGCGAUGAAUGCGCCCCUUCAUACGGCGACGUAAACGGCGAGUGCAAGCAGUGCACGGACCCCGUCUGCCUCACCUGUGACGGCAAGGCCUCUGUGUGCACCGAGUGCCGCGGCAACCGAUACGUGGCCGUGGACGGGAAGUGCGUGAUCACUUCGGAGGCGCGCCGCCGCUGAGUGAGCGCCCCGCUGCAAUCCCCCGACGCCCAGUCCAGUGUGCACCCAGGAGCGAAAGACAGACAGACAGCGACCGAGCGGCAGCGCCGUGUAGCAUAAAGUACAUCCCGUUCCUACACUUCCACAUCUAUUCAGUUCAUGUCAUGGACUCACCUGACUCAAGCCACUAUCCACUCAUUUUGUGCUGCCUACCACCUACCUGUCUUCCACCCAUCACUGGCCCCUUGUCACCAUCACCCUCUC